AUGUCGGCAAAACGAAUCAUCGUUACAAUGGCCACUGGCACACAAGGCAGCGGCUUGAUCAGAGCACUUGCAAAGCGUAAUCAAUCAACACCCAAUACCUUUGAAAUCUUGGCAGUAACUCGAAGUGCACAAUCUGGCAAAGCCAAGAAAUUAGAAGCAUUACCUGGAGUACGUUUAUUGGAAUCAGAAUAUAUUCCAGAACAAAUCUUUGAAAAAGCAUCAAAAGAUGGUCCAAUUUAUGGAGUUUUUAGCGUUCAAUCUGCUAUGUUACUUCCUUCUCAUGUUCCAAAAGGUGUAGAAGGUGAAACUGUUUUGGGAAAAGAAGUUGCAGAUGUUGCGGCAAAGUAUGACGUCAAACAUUUCAUCUAUACUUCCGUCGAUCAAGGUGGAUUACCCAAAACUGAAGUUCCUCAUUUUGAAGCAAAACGAUUUGUAGAGGAAUAUUUGGCAGAAAAGCACGCUCAAUUACCUAAAACGAUUUUAAGACCGGUUGCAUUCAUGGAUAACUUUAGUACGGGCGAAACGAUGUUUGGCAAAGUGAUGAACACAGCUCUUGUCACAUUGACAAAGGUACCUAUUCAACUCAUUUCUGCAACAGAUAUUGGUGAAUUUGCUGCACUUGCAUUCGAAAAUCCAUCUGAAUAUAUUGGCAAGACGAUCUCUCUAGCAGGAGAUGAAUUAACACCCGAACAAAUUCAACAAACUUAUCAAUCCGUCAAAGGAUCAAAAUUACCAACAACAUUUUCAAUCUUUCCCAAAUUGAUCACAUUCCUAAACAAAGAUAUGGGCUCAAUGUUCAAAUUCUUCAACGAUCAUGGAUAUAAAGCAGAUAUUGCACAACUUCGUCAAACUCAUCCAGAAUUGAAGACAUUUGAGCAAUACCUCAAAACUGAAAUGUAA